AGACUAACGACUUGUAAUGAUUCAUGACUCAAAAAAGGUGGGAAUUUCUAAGAACAUUGCAAUAUAAAAUUUAGUUUCCUCCUUUUUGUGAUUGGAUUGUUAUCAAAUACCAAUAUACCAAUAGUAUAAAAAUAAGAGGAAUUGUUGCCUAACUUUAACUUGUAUCUUGCUGGGCUUGGAAUUUUCUUUGAACAUUCUAGCCGAGAAUCGAAGAUUUAUUGAUUCAUCUAUCAGGGUUUUGAGAGCUCGGGUCUAGUUCAUGUUUGCGAUUGAAGUUGUACAGGUCAAGUUUUACAGUCGGAGCAGUUUGUUGCUUUAAUUCUCGAACUGAUCGGUGGUUUCUUGGUUCUUCUUGACUCGUUGUGAUAAGCCUGGUAGGAAACGUGCUUUGAUUUGUGUGUUAAGAUCAGAAUGGCUUCUGUAGGUGUUGUUCCAUCUUCUGGUGUUGGGGAAUCUAGUAAAAAUACAAUUGGUCUUGAUAGGCUGCCAAGCAAGAUAAAUGACAUGAAAAUUAGGGAUGACAAGGACAUGGAACCAGCUGUUGUAGAUGGUAAUGGAACAGAAAAUGGUCAUAUAAUCGUUACAACUAUUGGUGGUAACGAUGGCCAACCAAAGCAGACUAUCAGCUACAUGGCUGAACGUGUAGUGGGACAGGGAUCUUUUGGAGUAGUUUUUCAGGCAAAGUGUCUGGAGACAGGUGAAACUGUUGCAAUAAAAAAGGUUCUUCAAGAUAAGAGAUACAAGAACCGUGAGUUGCAAACCAUGCGUAUUCUAGACCACCCUAAUGUGGUGUCUUUGAAGCAUUGUUUCUUUUCAACUACUAAAAAGGAUGGGCUUUACCUUAACUUGGUAUUGGAAUAUGUUCCUGAAACUAUUCAUCGGGUGAUUAGACAUUAUAGCAAGAUGAGUCAAAGGAUGCCUAUGAUAUAUGUGAAACUUUAUGCUUAUCAGAUUUUCAGAGCACUGGCUUAUAUUCAUGGCAGUAUUGGAGUAUGCCACAGGGACAUCAAACCUCAAAAUCUAUUGGUUAAUCCACAUACUCACCAGGUGAAACUAUGUGACUUUGGAAGUGCUAAAGUACUGGUAAAAGGAGAGCCAAACAUUUCUUAUAUAUGCUCUAGGUACUAUCGGGCUCCUGAGCUCAUAUUCGGCGCCACAGAGUACACUACUGCCAUAGAUAUCUGGUCUGCCGGAUGUGUUUUGGCUGAAUUACUGCUAGGACAGCCCCUCUUUCCUGGUGAGAGUGGAGUGGACCAGCUUGUUGAAAUAAUUAAGGUCUUGGGCACCCCAACAAGGGAGGAGAUCAAGUGUAUGAACCCCAACUACUCUGAGUUUAAAUUCCCUCAAAUUAAACCGCAUCCAUGGCACAAGAUAUUCCACAAGCACAUGCCUGUAGAAGCUGUGGAUCUUGUAUCAAGGCUACUGCAAUAUUCUCCAAAUUUACGAUGCACAGCACUGGAGGCAUUGAUACACCCUUUCUUUGAUGGGUUGCGCGAUCCAAAUGUUCGCCUACCAAAUGGACGUUUUCUUCCUCCAUUGUUCAAUUUCAAACCACAUGAGCUCAAGGGCGUGCCAGUCGAGUUGCUUGAGAAGUUGAUACCUGAGCACGCACGGAAGCAAUGUCCAUUUCUUGCUCUCUGACGUGCUUUUCUAGCCUUUCAAUUCUAGCUGCAGAUAGUUGCUACUAAUCGGGAAAUGCGAGUUUGUUGCAGUUCUGUUCAAGUAAUUUCUUUUCGUCUUUUGUUCGAAAUGUCUUGUAUUUAUUUUAUUUGCUUGUACCAUUCAAACAAGAAGGUUCUCCAGCUCUCCAGUUAAGUAGGAAUUUGACUAACUUUAUUUCCUGACAACAACUGUAAUGUACUGUUGAAUGGAAAGCUUGAUCUAUUCUUUCUACUAGUGUAAGUUUUUCAGUUUUUUAAUGAUGGAUCCCUAGUCAGUGUUUUUA